AUGUAUUCUUUAAAAUCCCCUUUUAAUUUAACAGAAAUAUCUCAUCCUCCCUUUCUCAUUAAAAAUAGAGGUUCCGUCAUUAUACUGGAUAAUGAAAAUCACUCUCCCUUUAAUGCUGGUUACCCCUCACUUAUACAAAUGCUGGCAGCUAGUGGACACUCUACUUUGGCUAUAGAAGGUGGAAAUUUUGAAGAAAUUGAAAAAGUAGUCAAGUGGGAGGAGCUUCAUGAAAUUUUACUUUUGGGGGUUGGAAAGAAAGGAACUCAAUUAAUUUUGGAUUUGAUUGAAAAGUAGGUUGAUUGGGAGGCUUUUGGUAUAAGCUGAAGAAAAAAAUGCUAGUUU